AUGGUUGCUGCUCUUCCGAAAGAACUCCCAAAAAUCGAGAAAUGUAUGCCAAAUCAUACCUCCCUCUAUUACAAUGGAGGUUGGCAUGAGCCGCAGGACGGACAGUACCGCGAAACCUGGAACCCAGGCAACGGUACGGUGAUCACCAAGGUCGCUUUCGCUGGAGAAAAGGACACAGCGGCGGCUAUAAAAGCCGCACAAGCGGCUUAUCCAGCAUGGCGGGCGACCCCGCCAAUGGAACGAGGAAAGCUACUCAGAAAAGUGGCCGAUGUUCUACGCAAACAUUCUGUCGAGCUCGCCAUGCUUGAUGCGCUGAAUAUCGGAAGUCCUAUCACUAUCAUGGCUGGAGACGCCAUUUUUGCUGCUGAGCAUAUCGAGUUCUUUGCUGGCUUAAUCCCCGCUAUCACCGGUGAGACGAUGGACCUUGGUGAGGCGACGUUCAACUAUACUCUACGUGAGCCGCUAGGGGUAGUCGCGAGAAUCGUCGCAUCGAACCACCCGCUUAUGUUCACUGGGUUUAAGCUGGCCGCGCCGCUGGCGAUGGGCAAUACAAUCGUCAUCAAGCCGCCGGAGCAGGCGCCUUUAUCGGCACUACGGUUCAUGGAACUGAUUGGCGACAUCUUCCCCCCGGGCGUGCUGAACGUCGUUACCGGUGGUAUCGAAUGCGGCAAAGAGCUCUCCACGAACCUUAUGGUCAAGAAAAUCACGCUGGUCGGUAGUUUACCAACUGGUCGAGCAAUCCAAAAGGCCUCGGCAGAGUCGCUAAAGCAGACGGCCUACGAGCUUGGCGGCAAAAACCCUUUGAUCGCCUAUCCAGAUGCGGAUAUCGAUAGCCUAGUCGACGGUGUCGUGGCAGGCAUGAACUGGUCUUGGUGCGGACAAUCAUGCGGAUCGACUUCGCGCAUCUUUCUGCACGAAUCUCUACACGACGAGGUACUAGAGAAGGUUACAGAAAAAUUGAAAAAAUCGUACAAGCCUGGUCCGCCCUUAGACCCCCGGACAACGAUGGGCUCGAUGGUCAGUAAAGUUGCGCAGGACCGUGUACGUCGAUACGUCCAGCUGGGUAAAGACGAAGGUGCAAGGUUAGUCACUGGCGGCUCGCCUCCAACUACCGACGAGACAAAGGGCGGAUAUUUCUUCGAGCCGACGAUCUUUGCAGACGUCAAGCAGACCAUGAAAAUCGCUACGGAGGAGGUCUUCGGUCCGAUAGUCUCCGUGCUAAAGUGGUCGGACGAGGAAAAGAUGUACGAGGAGGUUAACGGGGUUGAGUAUGGCUUGACAGGCGCAGUCUACACGUCCGACAUGAAGACUGCGCAAAAGGCAGUCCGCCGAAUUGAGUCUGGCACUGUGUGGGUGAACAACGUGGGUACGCACUUCCUUUCGAUGCCUUUUGGAGGAUACAAACAGUCGGGGAUUGGGCGAGAGGAUUGCCUGGAAGAGUUGCUCUCUUUCACGCAAGUCAAAUCGGUCCACGUCAAGGUGUAG